AUGAUCGUUUUAUUAAUCUCAAUUACAAUUACUUUAAUCAUUAGAGCUGUUGUUAUAAUUCUUGCUUCCCUUUUAGCAAAAAAAACCAUCAUAGACCGUGAAAAAAAUUCACCAUUCGAGUGCGGCUUUGAUCCUAAAGGAUCCGCCCGACUCCCUUUUUCUCUUCGGUUUUUCUUAAUUGCUGUUAUUUUUCUUAUUUUUGAUGUAGAAAUUACACUAUUACUACCUUUGGCUAUGAUCAUCAAUUUUUCAAAUAUUUCGGCCUGAGCCUUUACAGGAUUCGUAUUCAUCAUUAUUCUUCUUGUUGGAUUAUACCAUGAAUGAAACCAAGGAGCAUUAGAAUGAGCUUAUU